GCAAUGAUCAACGCUCAUCACUCCGAGGCCAUGAUCCAUGUUCCAGAUGUUGAAGAAGAGGACCUCCCCUUGCAGGAGCGGCCAGUGCCCAAGAUCCCGUCCCAUGCAUGGAUGGCAGUUCGAGCGGUUGCGGCUGUCGUGCUCGCGGCCGGAGGCGUGCUGGGUGUGGUUGAGGUCAUGGCUCCAAAGUCACUUCUUUCUCCCAGUCUUCUUGGAGGGUCCAGAGAUUGGAAGGCUGACGCCCCUGAGUUCCUCGAGCUCAAUGAAAUGGACGUGUCAGAUGGCUUGCCACCUGACAUCCGGGAGAUGAUGAGUAAACUGCGACAUCUUGUUGCAGGGCGUGUGUAUCGGUAUGAUGAUGACGUGUUUGACGAUACAGAGAAAGUGGACUGCAGCAUUGACGUUGCUCAGACUGUUUUUCGACUCAUGGAAGCAGCCAACGCCAUUGUCCAAGCAGUAGACUUUGACUGCAAAAAGUCUGGUGGAAUUGUCGGCCUAGCUACCGGCGGGGAAAGAGGAAAUGUACGGACGAACGAUGAUCGUCUGAGGUGCUCUUCCUCCAUUCUGACGGCUAUUUACUCAUUUGUAAUUGCCGGCACAGAGAUAGCAGCAUCUGUAUCAGACUGCGUUCCAACAUAUGAUGUAAGGGCGCAGUGCACUGCUGCGAUCACCUCAUUUGCAGGCAACCUGUUGGUUACGGUCCAGUCUGGAAUCGGCUCAGACUUGGCAUGUGCACCAAGUAAGGAGGCCAGGCUCGAAUGGGCAAGACGAUGGCGCUCGCGAAGAGGUCUUAGAAUUCCGGCGAGUAAUCUAGAUGAUACCCCCGUUCUGAAAAAGAUCAAUGAGAUUCAUCAGAAGCUCGUCCUACCUCCAAACCCACUGGAAAACUAUACGAAUCCUGUCAAUGGCCGUGCAGUUUCACGCUGCAUCGCCUUCGUUGGCUUGGGAACGACAUUCCUCAUGCGCAUGGGCACAGGCAUCACCGCCAGCGUUCAUCAGUGUGACCCGUAUACCAUCGCAAACACAAAGUCUGGACGGAGACUUUGUUCAGUGGACAUGAUGGGGCUGAUAGGUUCUCUUGGUUUGGCAACUUCCUUCCUAUCUGGUGCUGUGGAUGCUUGCGGCCUGAUUAAAGGAGAUGGUUUCCGAGAUGCCGCCUGUGCUGCGAGCAUUUCAGGCGUUGUUGGUGGGCUUUCUGCGGCAAUGGCAUCAGAUGCCCAGCUGAUUUCCACGUGUUCCAGGGGAGAGUUGGCAGAUGAUGCUUUGUGA